GGAAUGGGGGUGGCUCUAACACAGUGGAUAAGAGGAAAUGGAAGUCAUGGGUAGGAGUUGUAAUGUUUUAUGCCUUACUUCUUGUGUUCCUGUGAGAGAAAUUGGAACGAGGUUUUGGAUAAUAUCGGCCAGAAAGGAGGAGUUCCAAGAGAAUGGCAAGUUUCAAAAACGAUCCCUUUUCCCUUUGAGGGUUUCGAAAUCUAUUAUUGCUCGCACUGCUAUUGGGGUGUUUGGAUUGGGGUUUAUUGACGCCGGGUACAGUGGAGACUGGUCAAGGAUUGGAGUGAUAACGCCGCAGAGUGAGGAAUUGCUUAAGGUUGCAGCUUUUCUGGUGGUUCCCUUGUGUGUCUUUCUAAUUUUUUCUCUGCCUAGCGAACCAAAUUCUUGAACUCUUUCUCUGGUUUUGCAAAUUGAGUU